UUUCAGGGUUAUCUUCCACCGAACAAAAGAACAACAAAUGGCUAAUCAUCAAGAACAUUUCCCACACUUUGGUACGAAUGCUACUCAUAUCGGACAAGAACCGGAACAAUGGGAUACGAAUCAGAUUAUCCCACCGAUAUCACUCUCAACAACAUUCAAACAACUGGAACCAGGGAAACCCAAAAAGUAUGAUUAUUCGCGUGCUGGUAAUCCAUCCCGUGAUGUUCUGGAGAAAUGCCUGGCUUCUUUGGAAGAAGGAGAAUAUUGCCGAGUAUAUUCAUCUGGUCUUGCUGCUACAAUGGCAAUCACAAAUACACUCAAAUCUGGUGAUCAUAUCGUUUGCUGUGAUGAUGUUUAUGGUGGCACUCAACGUUAUUUCCGGAAAGUUUCUGUUCUACAGCAUAGCUUAGAAAUUUCAUUCGUUGAUAUGACUGAUCUGAAAGCAUUUAGCCAAGCUUUGAAAAGCAAUACAAAGAUGAUAUGGCUUGAAACACCAUCGAAUCCAUUGUUGAAAAUUGUAGAUAUUGCAGCUGUUGUAGAAAUCACGAAAACUUUCCGAAGUGACAUCCUGAUGAUUGUGGAUAAUACCUUCAUGUCACCUUAUUUUCAACGUCCAUUAUCACUUGGUGCUGAUGCUGUGCUACAUUCAAUUACGAAAUACAUCAACGGUCAUUCUGAUGUUGUAAUGGGUGCUGUAAUUACGAAUAUCAAAUCUUUAGAUGAAGCUUUAAGAUUUCAACAACUUGCUGUUGGUGCAGUACCAUCACCAUUUGAUUGCUUUUUGGUAAAUCGUGGCGUAAAAACAUUGCAUGUUAGAAUGCGAGCACAUAUGGUUAAUGCUAUACAAAUUGCAACAUUCCUGGAAAGUAAUCCUAGAAUUGGACGAAUCUUUUAUCCCGAACUUCAAUCUCAUCCACAACAUGAGAUUCAUAAAAAGCAAACUAGAGGGAUGAGCGGUAUGAUGUCAUUUUAUUUGAAAGGUGGACUGGAAGAAUCUCAAGAAUUUCUGUCUAGUUUAAAGAUUUUCACUUUGGCAGAAUCACUCGGUGGUUUUGAGAGUCUAGCAGAACUACCAGCCGCAAUGACCCAUGCUUCAGUGCCGUUGGAAGAUCGAAUCAAACUGGGCAUUAGUGAUAAUCUAAUCCGAAUAUCAGUGGGAAUUGAAGAUGUUGAGGACUUGAUCCAGGAUCUUGACCAAGCGCUUAAAAAAGCAAUUCCAAAGAUACCAGUUUAAAAACUUCAAACAUCGUCGAAAUUUAAACUCGCUAAUUUUGAGAAACAACGUACACUUCUCUCUGAUUUGAACUGGAAGUGAUCUUUGUUUGCAUUUUUUUAAAUUAACUCAUUAACUGGUUGAUGGUAAUGGAGUUAUUAUAAACGUUG